GUCAUUUCAAGCUCGCACAUUAAACAAAUGUGUGUGUACACACACAUACAUAUAUACAUAUUAUAUGGACACAAAUCAGAAACAUACGGCAUUCUAUUUUGCAGCUAGAAUAGAUAGAAGCGUAAAAAAGAGCAAAGAAAAUCGAAAACUUGGAGAGAGAAAAUUCAGCGUCUGUUAGAGAGAGAGAGAGAGAGAUAUGGCAUCCUUCGACGACGCGUCAGCUCCUCCAUUUGACUACGAAGGACACACCAGCUACGCCGAUAACUAUUCCGCCUUCUCCUCCGCCGACACUCCGCCCUAUUCCGGCACUGCCUUCACGCCGGAGUAUUCGGAGUCCGAGCAAGUUCCAGCAGACCAGCCCAACUCCUCCGAUCCAUUCGGAUUUGAGUCGAAUGCUGAGCCUUUCGAGCACGACGCUUCGGUUCCGAUCUCGAACGGCAACGGGAGCUCGCCGUACGACCUCGGCCAGGACUCUGAGGGCAUAUUCACGUCGGACGGACCGAUCCUUCCGCCUCCUAACGAGAUGCAAGAAGAAGGAUUCGCUCUUCGCGAAUGGAGGAGGCUAAACACCAUUCGUCUGGAAGAGAAGGAAAAGAGGGAAAAGGAGAUGCGGAUCCAAAUUAUCAUAGAAGGUGAAGAGUAUAUAAAAGCUUUCUAUGAGAAGACAAAGCUUAAUGUGGAGACUAACAAGAGCACUAAUAGAGAGAAAGAGAAGUCAUCCCUAGCCAGUCAAGAAAAAUUCCACAAAGAGGCCGACAAACACUACUGGAAAUCCAUAGCGGAGCUUGUCCCUAACGAAGUGGCCCAAAUCGAGAAGAGAGGAAAGAAGAAGGAUCAAGAUAAGAAGCCAUCCAUCACAGUCGUCCAAGGCCCCAAGCCUGGCAAACCAACCGACCUUUCAAGGAUGCGUGGGAUAUUGGUGAAGCUGAAACACAAUCCCCCUCCACACAUGCUUCCACCCCCACCUCCACCUGCUCCAGCUAAGGAUGGGAAAGACGGGAAGGAUGGGAAAAACAAGAAAGAUGUAAAAGAAACGAAGGAGAAACCAACUUCAGCUAAAGAAGCGGGGGAAGAAUCUGCUCCUAACGGUGCUGCUGCUACUCAAGCAUCGGAAGAAGCUGCUGCUGCUCCUGCCGAGGACCAGCCAAGUAGCUGAUGCAGCUGAGUUUUUGAGUGCAUGCUGUUUGGCGCCAUGAUUGCAGAAAUUCCUCUUUUAAUAUUAAAUCCGCAAUUUAUUCAUCUUUUAUGUUUGCCUUUUUUGAAUGGAUGAACCAAGAAACUAUGGCUGGACCAAGCACUAGUGUCUUUUGGAGCUUAAACUAUAGUCACAGAUAAUUCUUGUUUGUGUAGUGUAAUUGUAUGAACAUAUUUUGUUGUUGUAAUCUCUACUUAUUUUACCUUGUUCUUUUCA